UGGUACAUUCCACUUCGACAGCUUGCGCUAGCUUUAGCUUCGCUGCUCUCAUGCUCGAGCAUCACCCAGCAACGCGCAACUUUCUCCUCUCGAAACGUCAUUUUCUGAUUUAUUUUUGCCACUGGAGUGCUCUUGCCACCCGCAAAAAUGUGUGCGGCCAAAAAAGGAGACUUGUCUCCCAGCGAAAAGGAGUUGUUUGACGUUAUCACAGCAGGAAAUGUCCAAGAGGCCUCCAGACUGCUUGGUUGUAAAGAUGUCAGAGUAAACUGCUUGGAUGAGUACGGCAUGACGCCGCUGAUGCACGCCGCCUACAAGGGCAAAGCCGACAUGUGCCAGCUGCUGCUGAGGCACGGCGCCAACGUCAACUGCAACCAACACGAGCACGGCUACACAGCGCUCAUGUUUUCAGGCCUUUCGGGGAAGACAGACAUCACGUGGAUGAUGUUGGACGCCGGCGCCGAGACGGACGCUGUCAACUCGGUGGGGAGGACCGCGGCGCAGAUGGCUGCUUUUGUCGGGCAACAUGACUGCGUGACGGUGAUCAACAACUUCUUCUCUCGUGCUCGAUUGGACUACUACACAAAAGUGCAGGGACUAGAGAAGGAACCCAAACUCCCUCCCAAGCUGGCUGGACCCUUGCACAAGAUCAUUAUGAGCACUAACCUCCACCCUGUAAAGCUCGUAAUGCUGGUGAAGGAGAACCCGCUGCUAGCGUCACCGUCGUCGCUGGACAAGUGCCGACGCGUGGUGGAGCUCAUCUGUGAGAAGUGCAUGAAGCAGCGCGACAUGAACGAAGUUCUGGCUGUCAAGAUGCACUACAUCGGAUGCGUGCUGGACAAGUGCGCCUCAUUCCUGGAGCACAACCGCGACCAGCUGGACGGGCUGAUCAAGAGCCUCCUGAAAGGCCGAGACGAAGACGGCUUCCCGGUGUUCCAGGAGAAGUUUGUCCGCGAGUGCGUGCGCAAGUUCCCGUUCUGCGAUGCCACACUGCUGCAGCAGCUUGUGCGCAGCAUCGCACCGGUCACCGUCGGCGACGAGCCGACGGCGCUGUCGGUGUUGACGCAGGCUGUCACCGGGCAGGUAGGCUUCAUGGACGCCGAGUUCUGCACCACCUGUGGGGAAAAGGGAGCGCAAAAAAGGUGCUCCGUAUGUAAAACGGUAUUGUACUGCGACCAAUCGUGUCAGAAGUUGCACUGGUUCACGCACAAGAAAGUCUGCAAGAAGCUUCACGAGCAGCGAGAACAGCAGCAGCCGGCACAAAACCAGGCUGCGAGCGAAGAUACGAACGAGGCCCGCGAGUCCGCCCAGCAACACUGAUGAUGACUGUGAACGUUCUGUCUCGAGUGAAAGACGAAAAAGCAAAUGAAGAGGUUGGAUUUUGGCUCAACUUGGCUGCAGUGAGCGCGUGAAUCCUGCUAGAGGGCAGCAUUGUACUACAAAUGACAGGUGUGCACGACUUUAGUGCCAUUGUCGGAUUUAUUUUUUAAACUCAUUGGCUGCCAUUGACGGCGAUCAACGUCCAAUCCAUUUGAACUGGGACGCCGACAGAAUUGCAUUCCUGCCAACUUUCCCAGUUCAAAUGGAUUGAACGUCGACUAGUGACAAACCAAUUUAAAUUCACAGGAGGAUGAAAAAAGACAUGAUUAGACGUCUUUAUCGUCAAUGGCACUAAAUUAAGUAUUGAUAAUAUCCAAACAUUUAAUAUAAAACGUGUAUAUUGUAACAUAAAAAUGGGAAAAGUCAAGUUUAUUUCUAUAAGCCUAAACCACAAAACAAAAACAAUCAAAAAAAACGCUAAAGGCUUCACAGGAAAACCACUCACAAUAAAAAAUUUAAAUGAGUACAUUUCAGAAAUAAAAUUCAAGUUGAGUUCAUUCAUUAGAAAUGUAAUACAAAGUAUUACUAAAUUAAAAACCCAUUAUAUUAUAUAAUCAUGCAUUUUUUUUCUCUUUAAAUGUCUUCUUUUAACUAAUGUCUAAUUAUUAACUUCGAAUAGAAUAGCCCUUUAUUGUCAUUAUACAGUUGUACAAUGAAAUUGUGGUGCAUCUCCCUUUACAAUGCAGGACAAGUAAAAAUCUCGAAAGUGACUUGCAAGAAUAAAAGUAUAAAAUCUAAAUAAAUAUAAAAUAUGUAUGAGGUCCUAUGUUCAGGCAGUGCAAAUAAUUGAAGUAGCAGCAGUAGACACUGAUGUAAUGUAUGUAAUUACACUGCUGUGUAUCAUAUGGGAUAUUUCAUUAUGUACACUACGGUUCAAAAGUUUGGGGUCGCAUAGACCUUGAACUUUUGAAUGGUAGUGUGUAUAGAUAUCUUUCAUGUAUAAAUUUUUAACCAUGUUAGGAUGGAAUAAUAAUAUAUACAGAAUGCCAUUUUUUAGAUGUAGUUUUACCCCUCCCACACAUGAAAUAAAAUAUCCCAAAUAUAAAUGGUGGAAAACACAGACAAGACUGAAAAAGGGGUUUCUGCUCUUGCACUCCUCUUUAAAAUAAACUGCUGUAUUUUAAGCCAAAAGAACUGUUGUGUUUGAUAGAACAAUAUGCCUAUAUGCUGCCAUAGCAGAUUCAUGGUGCAUUAAGCCCCCACACUAUUUUUAAUUUGUCCCUUUUACCCUGGAAACCCCUGUUUACAGACAUCGCGCAACCACUUUUGUUUCAACCCAGCCAUAAAAAGGUAAUUAUAUUUAUUAAUCAAAAUGUCAUUUUAAUCUUAGAAUCUUUAAUUGAUACCUAAUAUUUCGUUAAAAAAAAAAAAAAACACUUAAAAAAAUUAUUCACUCGCAUAUUUUGAACUUUUAAAUAAAUUACAUCACAAUGAAAAAAUGGCGUCUGUAAAAAAGUCACGGAUAUCUACCUCAUAACUAUCGGUUAAUUUUAUUUUUUGUUACGGUCGCUUUUUCCUCAAUAUGUUAGAUGAUAAAUAAUAAUCCAAACAAAGGAAAAUUAUAAAACAAAUGUUUAAAACGGUACAUAUAUGUGAUAGAACAUCUCGACCACUCCUUGAUGUCUGCGAUUUCUGCAUCACAACCCUUGUUAUAUUACCAUGUUUCACCCAUAAAAUCCCCCCAAAAUCAGGCUGUGGCCAUUCACAGCUGUGUCUUGAUACAUGCUACAUGGAGUUUUGGGAUCGAAACAAGGUAAGUAUGCGAUAAUAUCUCGUAAAAGUCAUGGCACACCAAGAGUAGCCCAGCAUCAGUCAAUGUAACCAGUAACGCUAGCUGCUGUUGGCUGUGUGCUGCGGGUGGCGACGUCUUUGGACAGCUUUUCUACGGGAAAAAGCCCACCUGCUGAGUCAGAAGAGGAGCCUUCAACCAAGUCCAUUUUGCAUAAUAUGUGGAUAAAAGCCGACAGCCUACAAACUAUGCCCACAUGAUGCUACGGUAUAUAUCACAUGUAUAUAGAACUAGAUGCGAAAUGACAGACUCGGCGGCGCUAGCACAUGUAUAUGGCAGAAAACACAGACAAAGCUGAAAAAGCAGUUUCUGCUCUUGCACCCCUCUAUAAGAUAAACUGCUGUAUUUUAACCCAAAAGAACUGUUGUGUCUGAUAGAACAAUAUGUCUAUAUGCUGCCAUAGCAGAUUCAUGGCGCAUUAAGUCCUUGAACUAUUUUUAAUUUGUCCGUUUUACCCUGAAAACCCCCGUUUACAGGCGUCGCGCAACCGCUUUUGUUUCAAUCCAGCCAUAAAAGUAAUUAUAUUUAUGAUUCAAAAUGUCAUUUUUAGCUUAGAAUCAUUAAUUGAUGUCUAAUAUUUGGUUUUAAAAAAAAAAGGCUGUAAAAAAUUAUUUACUGGCAUAUUUUAUUUUUAAAUUACGUCUCAAUGAAAAAAUUGGCGUCUGUAAAAAAAGUCACGGAUAUCUACCUUAUAACUAUUGCUUAAUUGUAUUUUUUUUUCGUUACUGUUGCAUUUGCCCCAAUAUUUUAGAUGAUAAAUAACCGAUCCAAACAAAGAAUAAUUGGGAAAAAAAAGUUUAAAAGGGUAAAUAUAUGAAAAUCAAAAUCUCGAUUACUGCUUGACGUCUGCGAUUUGUGCUUCGCGACCCUUGUUAUAGUACCAUGUUUCACCCAUAAAAUCCCGAAAAAAUCCAGCUGUGGUCAUUCACAUUUGUGUCUUGACUAGGGCUGCAGCUAUCGACUAUUUUAGUAAUCGAGUUUUCGACUGAAAAUUCUAUCGAUUAAUCGAGUAAUCGGAUAAAACAUUUUUUUAGGUAAGGAGCAAUUAUAUAUAUACAUGAGAAAACAAGACAUUUCAUCUAAUAUUGAACCAUUUUCAGUCAAUCAAUGUCUUUAUUUUCGAUUGCUGAAAACAGCCAACAAUUGCAUCUCAGAAGUGACUAGAAAAGAAAAACUUUUUUUACUGUUUUCACUCAAAAACCUCUAAAUCUUAUCAAAAAAAUCUUAUUUCUUACCUAAAAAUUUAAUUACGCUUGAUAACACACUAGGGCUGCAGCUAUCGAUUAUUUUAGUAGUCAAUUAAUCAAUGAAAUAGUUCGAAUAAUCAAGUAAUCGGAUAAACAUGAAAAAAUUCAAAUACCUGAGCUGGGCCUCAAACGGGAUAAAAAAUAAAUAAGGCUCUACAUAUGUACAACAAAAGAACAAUUGCCUAACUUACAUAGCAAAAGUCCACUAGCUUAAAUGCUAUAAAAUACUUUUUUUUUGUACAAUGCUCUCAACAAAUAGUUCCAACAUAUAUUCCCACAAAAAUUGGCUAAGUAUACCUUCAAACUAAAUUACGAAUGCAUUAAAAAACAUUAGUUCAAACAAAAACCUGGGUGAUGUUGGUCUUAACAGGGAGCAGCUGGAUUUGGCUACGUAAAAUGAGGCGAAUGGAGGGCAGUGUAUCCACCCAAAUCAAUUAAACUAAAUGCAAACACUUUCAAAAACAAACCAUUACAACGCCACUUUAAUUAAACGAAUACUCGAAGCAGCAAAUUUUAAUUCGAAUAUUUUUUUCUCAUCAAAUACUCGAGUUAAUCGAUUAAUCGUUGCAGCACUAGUCUUGACACACACGAUGAUACAUGCCAUAUGAAGUUUCUGGAUCGAAACAAGUACGCGAUAAUAUCACGUUAAAAUCAUGGCGUCUUUAAUACUGCUCUCGCGUGUUCUCACCUCCAGUUAGGGUUUUGCUCUUUAAAAUAAUAUAUAUAUUUUUUUUUAAAUGCCCUCCUGUUCAAAAUUUCUCUUCUCCCAGAAAAUUGACAUUUUAAGCUUUCCAGUGAUGUAUCACACAUGCAAAUCGGACAAUUUUGAAAUUUGGACAAAUUGGAGGUCUUGGAGCAGAACUUCAAGUCACCCAGGUGAAGUGAUAUUCGCCGGCAUUAGUAAACAACCGCCAUCUUAAAGCAGUAGACUUCUCAGGAAGGCUCUGUUGUAGCGAACCUAAAUAACUUUUUAUAUAAAAUCUGCAAAAUCUUGACUUGAAUCUAUCUUUAAAUGAUGAAACAGUUUUAAAACUUUCACAUGUCGAAAGUAGACAGUGGGGAACUAAUGCAAUAACUGCAGCAAUUUUAACAACUUUUAACGGUUGAUUCAUAACAUGAAAUGACUUCCAAAUUUAGCAGAGGUUACAAUCUAGUUAUCCGCAGUACCCCUUGUGUCUAGUUUAGGGUAAAGAAUUGGGCUAAGGCCGAUUGUCCCAAAAACCUUUUGAACUUCACAUAGUGUGGCCUAUGUUUUUUUUUUUUGAAUGAAAGAAAAAUAAACUUCAGUUCAAUCAGUUGAUAUGAACAUAUUUGAUGUGAAAGACGUUAUAGAAUGGAUCAUGUAAUACUAUGUAAAUUGUAAAACAUAAAAAGUAACACAAGUUACUUUGCCAAAUAACUAAUUGCUUUUACAUUGAGGUAACUGAGUUACUAAAUUACUUUUGGUAAGAGGUAACUGUAAUUAAUUACUUUUUUAAAGUAAGAUUCACAACACUGCACAUUACACCAGUCCAUGGUGCAAAAAAAGAUUAGCGAGCACUGCUGUAUAUGACACUGUACUUCUUUAUCAAAUGUUUUUAACUCAUUGACAGCGAUAGAAGUCCAAUCCAUUUGAAAUGAGGGGCUGGAAGCGAAUGAACGAAUGUUGCCAAACCUCCUAGUUCAAAUUGACUGGACGUCUACAAGUGUCAAACUAAUUUAACUGAAAGAGACGAUGAAAUUAUUUUAUAUACACAUAUAUGCAAAGUCAUUUUAUUAAAUCCAAAUAUUUUGUUAUAAUGUAUUCAUGUCAUAAUGAAAAGACUACAUUCCAAAAGCUUGUAUGAAACAUUUCACUGUAUUGAAGUAAAUACAAAUACAUUUCAAACAAAAAAAGUCAAAAUAAAAAUGGCAUCAGUCUGAAGGGAAUUAAAGGGACAUUUCAGCAAUUCCUCAUGUCCAAAUCUAUUUAUUUGCCACAGUAAGAAACUCCAAUGAACAGCAGUCGGAGAUGAGUGAGCGCUUGUCCAUUUGAACACAGCGGUAACCUGAAAUCACAUUUGCUCCGUCACGCCUGUAGAACUUGUCCCACAAAGGCCACGCUACGAUCACGUAUCAAAGCUGACAUCAGCGAGGCUACUUUGGACAAAGAUUCGACCCGAGUCUCAGCGCCCUGGGAAAAAACAAAAAACAUCAUUCUGAUUUUAAUCUCUGAAGCAUCAUUUACAGGUUGACCAUCAAUGGCAGCCAAUAAGCCAAUAAAUCGCAAGGCGACCGCACAGCAAGCAAUGAACACUUUCAAGUCCAAAAGGUCCCUUCGGGUAAUUAGGAAGUGGGACGAUGACUCUCCCAAGAUUCUAAGAGCCCCUGCUUUAGUUUUUUUCUCCCUUUAAUGUCGAGCCAAGAGUCGAAAUUGAAUAACAGCUCAAUGAGAACGCUGGCGGGACGCCCAAACAGAGAGACUUGGACCCAAGAGUGAUAACAUUUACAAAACAUUUAUGGCCCCUUUAUAUCAUUUUUAUGUAAUUUUAGAAGGAUUUCUAUUAGGGUUUCCACAAACCAUUAUUUUGAUAGUCUUUUAAUUAUAGUUGAUUUUGCAAUGAGUCAACUACAGUAGUAUGAAAAAGUAUCUGAACUAGGGCUGUCAAAUGAUUAAAAUUUUGAAUCGAGUUAAUCACAGCUUAAAAAUUAAUCGUAAUUAAUUGCAAUUCAAACCAUCUCUAAAAUGUGCCAUAUUUUUCUGUAAAUUAUUGUUGGAAUGGAAAGAUAAGACACAAGACGGAUAUACAUAAAUACUGUAUUUGUUUAUUAUAACAAUAAUUCCACAAGAUGGCAUUCACAUUAUUAACAUUCAUUCUGUUAAAGGGAUCCACGGAUAGAAUGACUUGUAGUUCUUAAAAGAUAAAUGUUAGUACAAGUUAUAGUCAUUUUAUAUUAAAACCCCUCUUAAUGUUUUCGUUUUCAUAAAAUUAGUAAAAUUUUCAAUCAAAAAACAAACUAGAAGCUCGCCAUUGUUGAUGUCACAUGGGCUCCCUGCCGUUCUUCCACAGUGUCUUUAACUGCGUAAGAUAGUGAUUGAAAUACACCACAAGGUGUCAAUGGCAAGUUUUGAAUUACUUAGAAAUCAAGCCAAUGAGUGUGUUUUGUCCCUCGAGUGACGCCGUAGUUCCCUGUUUACUGGUACUUCACGGUCAUUUGAGUGCUGGCUUCAUAACGUAUGAGACCUCUGAUAGUUUGUAUAUUGUGACUACAUAUUGCCAUCCAGUGUAUUUGUUGAGCUAAACAAAAUGUUUGAAUAGAGUUUGACCAAAGUCUGAGUAAGUUUUAUGUGAAUUUUGCAAAGCUAUUUCUUUUUGUGAACAAUAUUUUUUUGAGCGAUCGGAAUAUUAUUUUUGUUUUGCUUUCACUAAAUGAUACUUAUGUUUGUUGUGAAGGAGUUGCCAAAGCUUAUGCCAAUAAACGGCACGGUCCAAUAAACGCCUGUGUCCACUUGCCUCUUAGCUCUCAAUGUGCAAAAAACGGCGUCAUUGUAAUCUGUUUAAGGCAAUUCAUGAGUGGGUCAUUCCGCGCAUGGGUUAAAUGCGUCAAAUAUUUUAAUGUGAUUAAGAAAAAAUAAUGUAAUUUGAACCUUUUGGAAGUUCUCACAUUUCUGCAUAAAAUCACCAUCAAA